GUCAGGCAGAGGAACUUAUUAACGGGUUCGGGUGUGGCGUGAGCUGAAUGCUGUGAGAACUGUAGUAAAACGAAAAAAAUAUAUAGGGAACGACACUUUGUAGCCGAAAAGCUGUGAUCGCAUCAGACGUUCAGAGACCACGUUGAAGAAAGAGGAAACAAACAAUUGAUUUGUGUUUUUAAGCAGUUAUACAACCGCGGUUUUGACGAUUUUGUGUGCUUUGGCACCUAAGAUCUGAUGCUCGUUAAUUAAAUCUUAUCAUUUAGUGCUGUGCUACAGCUGGAGCACUCACUUUUGUCGAGCUGUUUAUUUCCUCCUUACCUUUUCGUCAGCACAGGAGUCUGGAAAACCCCGGCUUUAUAACUUUAUUGGAUUCAUACAUUUUUUGGAGACAAACUUUCACUCUAGUUUGUCGAAUUCAAGAGACCAGCAUAGUGGUGUCAUUUCCUUUAAUCUUUGACGUCAAAUUUUUUUGCAUUUAUUUUGUAGCUUUGACAUAAGAGGGAUCAAGUGGAUUUCUAAUAGGCUACCGCUCAGUUCAUGGGAGUAUUAACCAAUUUGUUUGCUACAUAACUUGGCUACAAAGUGGAAAACUCAACACGGUCAGUGGACGUUGGACAUUGGGAACGGGAAACAUUUAUGCCAGCACGAUUUUAUGUGCGUGCCAGUGGAUGAAGCUGCAAUUUAACUAGCGAUAUAUUUUUUCUCAAAAAAACGUUUUUUUCAAGGGGAAGUUGCAGUAGGCUGUAGUAGUUCUGAGUCGCAAGUGACUUGAGGAAACAGCCUCUCGAUUUGAUAUUUUCAUUAUUUAAAGAAGAACCCCAUAAAAAACCAGCCCUGAAGCGUGCACUUGGAACCAUGGGGUGUACAGUAAGUCAGGAAGACAAAGCGGCCGCCGAAAGAUCCAAGAUGAUUGAUAAAAAUCUUCGAGAGGAUGGAGAGAAGGCUGCGAGGGAGGUGAAACUGCUGUUGUUAGGUGCUGGCGAGUCGGGGAAGAGCACCAUUGUGAAGCAGAUGAAAAUCAUCCAUGAAGAUGGCUACUCAGAAGACGAGUGUAAACAGUACAGGGCUGUUGUGUACAGCAAUACCAUCCAGUCGAUCAUGGCUAUCAUCAAAGCCAUGUCCAACCUGAAUAUCGAAUAUGAGGAGCCCGCCAGAUCGGACGACGCCCGCCAGCUCUUUUCCCUGUCUGCCGCCGCUGAGGAGCAGGGCAUGCUGCCCGACGACCUGGCCAAAGUCAUCCACCGGCUGUGGGCUGACAGCGGGGUGCAGGGCUGCUUCACGCGUGCCAGAGAGUACCAGCUCAAUGACUCUGCGGCUUAUUACCUGAACGACUUGGACAGGAUAUCUAAAGCAGACUACAUCCCCACCCAGCAGGAUGUGCUGCGUACUCGGGUCAAGACCACUGGCAUUGUGGAGACUCACUUCACCUUCAAGGAUCUGCACUUCAAAAUGUUUGACGUGGGCGGCCAGCGCUCGGAGAGGAAGAAGUGGAUCCACUGCUUCGAGGGCGUGACCGCCAUCAUCUUCUGCGUGGCCUUGAGUGCCUAUGACCUGGUCCUGGCUGAGGACGAAGAGAUGAAUCGCAUGCAUGAGAGCAUGAAACUCUUUGACAGCAUCUGCAAUAACAAGUGGUUCACUGAAACCUCCAUCAUCCUCUUCCUCAACAAGAAGGACCUGUUUGAGGAGAAGAUCACCCGCAGCCCUCUGUCCAUCUGCUUCCCAGAGUACUCAGGGGCCAAUAAGUACGAUGAGGCAGCGGGAUACAUCCAGACCAAGUUUGAAGACCUGAACAAGAAGAAGGACACAAAGGAGAUCUAUACCCAUUUCACCUGUGCAACCGACACCAAGAACGUGCAGUUUGUCUUCGACGCCGUCACUGAUGUCAUCAUCAAGAAUAACCUGAAGGACUGUGGCCUGUUCUAGAGCAGGUUGCUAACACAAGGAUUACUUGAACAGUUUUGAGGUUUGAUGACGGAAGGA